GCCUCAGUGUCCGGCGGAGGGGGCGGCGCCCCUGGCGUCUCCGUGACUGCGCCUCGGCGCCCCCCGGCUCGCCUGCUCCGGGGAUGCGCGGAGGCGGCGGCGGCGAUGGCGAUGAUGCCUCGAACCCGGCCUCGUCCCGGGCGGCGGGCGGAGCUGGGGUCCGGGCUGCGAGAUGGAGGAGGGGGGCGGCGCUGCGGCCACCGGGCAGGCUUCUCUGCCUCGGGGCUCUUGUGUCACAUGUGGCACAGCUGUGAGUCGAGGCCCUGACCCCCUUCCCCCAGAAGGAAGAGUCCUUCCUGUCUGAAGAUGAACUCCACGGAGCCCCUUGAGGAUGCUCCCAACGGCACGUUGCUGCGCGCGCCUCGCUCCCAGGGAGGAAACAGCACCGCCAUCCCGGGGGACCUCCAGCACCUCAUCCACACGGCCACUCUGGUCACCUGUACUUUCCUGCUGGCGGUCAUCUUCUGCCUGGGCUCUUACGGCAACUUCAUUGUCUUCUUGUCCUUCUUUGAUCCAGCCUUCCGCAAGUUCAGAACCAACUUUGAUUUCAUGAUCCUCAACCUGUCCUUCUGUGACCUCUUCAUCUGUGGAGUGACCGCCCCCAUGUUCACCUUCGUGCUCUUCUUCAGCCCCGCCAGGAACAUCCCAGACGCUUUCUGCUUCACCUUCCACGUCACCGGUUCGGGCUUCAUCAUCAUGUCCCUCAAGACCGUGGCGGUGAUCGCCCUGCACCGGCUCCGCAUGGUGCUGGGGAAGCAGCCCAAUCGCACUGCCUCCUUUCCCUGCACCGUGCUUCUCACUCUGCUUCUCUGGGCCACCAGUUUCACGCUGGCCACCCUGGGCACGCUGAAAACCAGCAAGUCCCACCUCUGCCUUCCCAUGUCCAGUCUGACGGCCGCAGAAGGAAAAGCCAUUGUGUCUCUAUAUGUGGUGGACUUCACCUUCUGCGUGGCCGUGGUGUCAGUCUCCUACAUCAUGAUUGCGCAGACGCUGUGGAAGAAUGCUCAAGUCAGGAAGUGCCCCCCCGUAGUCACCGUGGAUGCUUCCAGACCGCAGCCUUUCAUGGGGGCCCCCGGGAAGGGAGGUGGCGAUCCCGUGCAGUGUACCAUGCCGGCUCUCUACAGGAACCAGAAUUACAACAAGCUGCAGCACAUUCAGACCCACGGAUACACCAAGAGUCUUAACCAGGUGCCCCCCCCGGCAGCCAGCCGGCUCCAGCUCGUGUCGGCUGUCAAUCUGUCCACGGCUAAGGACUCCAAGGCGGUGGUCACCUGCGUGAUUAUUGUGCUGUCCGUCCUGGUGUGCUGUCUCCCACUGGGGAUUUCCUUGGUGCAGGUGGUCCUGUCCAGCAAUGGGAGCUUCAUCCUCUACCAGUUUGAACUGUUUGGAUUUACCCUUAUAUUUUUCAAGUCAGGGUUAAACCCUUUUAUAUAUUCUCGGAACAGCGCGGGGUUGAGAAGGAGAGUGCUCUGGUGCCUCCGGUACGUUGGCCUGGGUUUUUUCUGCUGCAAACAGAAGACUCGACUUCGAGCCAUGGGGAAAGGGAACCUGGAGGUCAACAGAAACAAGUCGUCCCAUCACGAAACAAACUCCGCCUACAUGUUGUCUCCAAAGCCCCAGAAGAAAUUUGUGGACCGGGCUUGCGGCCCAAGUCACUCGAGGGAAAGUGUGGGCAGUCCCAAGAUCUCUGCUGGGCACCAGCCCUAUGGGCAGAGCAGCUCAACCCCCAUCAACACCCGCAUCGAACCGUACUACAGCAUUUAUUAUAGCAGCCCCUCCCAGGAAGAAAGCGUGCCGCCGAACUUACCGCCAGUAAACUCUUUGGGUUUUGCCAAUUCCUAUAUUGCCAUGCAUUAUCACACCACUAAUGAUUUAAUGCACGAAUAUGACAGCACGCCGGCCAAGCAGAUCCCAGUGCCCUCUGUGUAGUGUCCUGGAGGCUGGAGACUCUUGGGCAAACUGUUGGUGUUUCGGAUACUAACUGAUUCUUUUUCACUUUCGUGAGACCAGCGGUAGAUGAAAACGUCAAGAUUCAGCAGAACAGUUGGCAGUUAUGAUCGUCUUCUAUCCCAAGUAUUGGCAUCUACUGAUUUGCUUUCUGGUUUCCUGACAUUUUAAGAUUUGAUGUAAAAAUUUAUAAUUUAGCUUUUUACCCUG